UAUUACUGUAUUAGGUACCUACAGUUAUGGUUAUCAGCGUGCCAGUUCCUGCCACCAUAAUAUUUAAGUAUUUAACGCGUCACCAGAAGUGCUGAUUCAGCGUCACUUUACCAUAAACUAUGCUUAUAAGUUAUAAUGAACGGGUAACCACGCGACCACGCAGUAAGUAUACCUAUUACAGUCUCAUAGCUUACAUAGCUGCGGAUCAAUUGCGACUAUACGUGGUGCGAUUAUAGGGCAUUUAAGUUCUUAAAUAAUAUUGUGACGAAAUUUCCAUUACAAACGAAAAAAAAAUUGAAUGUAUACUCAACGCAUUACACCUAGACGUGCAACCGACGCAAGGACCGAUGGUGUCUAACGAAGCACUGACGGUCCUGUGGAAUCGAUGUAGGGUGAUUGGCAUUAUAAACAAGAUAUGUCUUUAUUUUAUAACGGGUAUAUUAAUAAUGUGCCUAUUACCGUUGGUAACUGCAAUUGGUUACCCUUAUUGCAAACGUGAUAAAUGGAAAAAAACGUGUGAAAUGUAUUAUUCAGUUGAAAAACAAACAUCGGUGGUCACGACAGAAUGGAGGAUUUUUAUUUUUAUUUGCCUGUUUGUGGCGUUUUUGAUAAAAAUGAUUUUUGUUAACAAUGGCUUAAGAUCUACAGAUAUACCCACAGAUGAAAAUAAAGUGAAGUCGUGGCUACGUUGGCAUAUAGAUUUCUUUGUGAUUUCCGUUGUAACCUUCGUUGGAUUUUUGUUUAAAGGUCGUACCUGUUCUUCAGAUGAUAAUAAUAUAUAUUAUUAUAUACCUUUAAAACUUGGGAUUACAAUUAUAGUUCUAAUGAUAGAAAUCAACGUUGUGAGAAAGUUCAACAAAGAGUUUAAUAAUUCUGCUAAUCGCCGUAAACAAAAAUGCAUAACUUUAAAUAUCUAAAAUAUCAGAGAAUUGGGCAACUACAAUCGACGAAUCAAAUAAAAUUUCAAUCAACUUUCUCGUAUUUUAGAUUUUAUAACUUCCUUAAACAAAUACAUCAUGGUACUAUUAAAUAAUAACGAAGUUAAUAUUAGUCAAGCGUUAAGACCAAAUCGUCGUAGUUUUAAUAUUAAAAUUUAAAAAACUUUUAUAUUAUUAUGGUUUACAAUUAUUGUUUUACUUUACAAUGAUCAACAUUUUUCUUUCUUUACUACCUACGUAUUUAAAAAUGUUUAUUACAUAUUUUAGAUUCUGAGUUGUUAACGGAUAUUUUCAAUUUCUCUGUUGGAUCAAAAAGUGUGAAACUUUAAUACAAGGCUCCUGCUAUAUUGUUACAAUAACAGUUAAAAAUAUUAAAAAUACACUUUUUUAUUAGCAUUUUAAGUUCAAAUUUUUACAAAAUAUAUCAAAUUUUAAAAUUUAAGAUGAUUUUGUAGUUAAAAAUGUAUAAAAUUUUCUACUUUUAUAGCUACCAUUGAAAAUUUAAAACAAGGUUCCACGCAAGUAGUUCAUUUUGGAAGCAAAAAAUCUAAAAAUAUACAUAACAUUGUUUUUUUAUAGUUGUUUUAAGUUUAAAUUUGAACGAAAUCACAUAGGAAAUAGCCAAAAAAUAAUAAUGAUUUUAGUUAUUUUUUUGUAAUAUUACAAUAAUCAGUAGUAACAAUAUAUAAAUAUAAUAUAAAAUAUCCUAGACUGACUGACCGCCUUCGCUCAGAACCAUUUUUCGUGUAUACUGCAAUGAUAUUAUAUUAUCAUUGGAUUCAAAUUUAAUACCUCCCAUUGAAUUGGCCCACUCUCGUAACCUACUGUACAGCAGAGCGACAUUCGCUUACCCACUUUUUUUUUUUUAUUUCACCUACGAGUUAAAUACGAGUCGGGCACGCCGUGAAAAUUGGAAAACCCGGCGCCCGUGCUGGCCGCUCACAUGCACGCGUGACGUGUAUUCUACCGACCGUCGCGCCGAGAGUGUGCGUAUCGCGCGCGCAACCCUUUUUGGAAAAGACGCGGCCGACGAAAUUUCAAUCAAAACCGAACCGACAUUAUAUUAUUAAUAUGACUUGUAUAUACACACGAGCAAUAAUGAGUAAUGGCGGGGCGGCCCGCGAACAGGUGCUGCAACCGUACGUAAUUCGCAUUGUGAAAACCCGCCACAAAAGCUUUCGUUCCGCGCGCGAUUCGAUACGCAUCGACAAUAUAAUAUACGUAUAUGAUGUGUGUACGCGUAAAGCCAGCUCGCCCCCCCCCCCCCAUCUAAAAUGCAUAUACUGCGCGACCCGCGAGCCCCGCAGGGGUGGUCAGAGUGUGGACGGCGUGCGUGUGCGGCCCGUAACGCGUCCGCGACCGUUUUGGGCGCACUGGGGAUGGUUUUUAUCUUUUAUUUUUUUUUUUUUCGUACGUUUCGUAUUAUUAGCCGCAGACCGAAAUCGCGUCCCCAUCCGUGCACCCUCCCCCCUCGAGCUCGCCCGUUCAAUAUCCUAUUAGCGCACGGUCCGGAAAAUCCGGAAGGGUUCCGGUCAUCGGCUGGUUUGUCUUCGGCGGCGAUAUAUUAUUAUAUUACGGUACAUCGUAUAUAUUAUAUUAUAUUAUGUUACACUAAAUCAAGAUUAUCUAAUAUGAUAUUGUUAUUCUAUCGACGAACCCGUCACGCGUGUACGAACAUACGGUUUUUUUGGUUUUUAAUUAAAUAACAAUAUUACACGUUGCCACCGUUUAAACGUUAAACAAUUAUAUAUUAUUAUAAAAAUAUGAAUAAAGCGUAUAUUAUGCAUAGAUAUUAUAAGUCUAUGAUAUUAUGUACCUACCUAUAGUACCUACACAGUUUUAUAUUUUAAUCAAAAACACCGCUCAGAAUAGAACGCGUUCCUCAUUAAAUGUAUAAUAUAUAAUAUUAUUGGUGGGAUAAAUACUUAUCGCGAAUUAUUAUUAUAUAUUAUUCACAAGUUCUAUCAUAUUAUUGUUGUGACCAGGGCUUGCAUUUGAAAAAAAAAUAUUGUUUUACGUUAUUUACAAUCAAAACGUUAUACAAAUUUUGAGUUUAUCGUUAUUCAAAAUUUAAACGUUAUUCAACUUUUGUGUUUAUCGUUAUUCAGAAUUAAAACGUUAUACAAUUUUUGCGUUUAACGUUAUUCAUAAUUAAAACGUUAUACAAUUGUUGCGUUUAUCGUUAUUUAAUAUUUAAAAGCAUUUAGAUACCUGUUUUAAAAGUACACAGGCCGCAAUUAAAAAGUAUAUGACUAUGACCUUUUUUGGGGACAUAAUUUCCCUAUUCUGAGUUUUAAGUAGGUAUUGUGUAAUUUUAUUUAUUUAAUUAAAUGGGUUAGAUAACCCAAUUACAUAUUAUUUACAAAAUAUAGAGUACAGUGAUACAGAUUAAAUUACAAUAUACAUACAUAGUUCGUAAAGAAAUGGAAACAAAAUAAAUGAUAAAACAGUAUGAUGAUAAUUAAUCUUAAGUUAUAAGUGAUAAUGUAUUAUUGAAUUUAAUAAAUUGCCUAGGCUCUAAGGACUUUAUUAUAAAAUAAUAAAUAUAAAAUAUACAAUUACACAAACACUGACGACUGAACAAAUCUGAGCAAACUGAUCACCGAACACAAUAGUUGAAUAACUUGAAUGGUAUAAAUUCCGACCGUAGUACAUAUAGUACAGUACAAUAUUAUCAGAGUAUCACUAUUAUUAGCUAUUGGUAAUUAAAUUAUUCUAUUAAUACCUUCUUAUUAAAUUUUAAAAUAAAUCUAAUACGGGAUCUCCCGGAUAGGCCGGAUACGGGAUAAAAUUAAUUCUUGGAUCGAAUAAAUAAUUGAAUAAUACUAAGUAUUAUUAAAUAAUUGGAAAUUAAUUAUUUUGUUUAAUGGAAUACAAUAUAUACCGUUUUGCGUUAUGUUUUGUUUAAUGAUAUAUCAUAUAUUUUGUUAAACGUUACGUUUUGUUUUGUGUUAUUUAUUUAUUUAUGUUUAUCGUUUUUCGUUAUAAUUGCGUUUACAAAUUUCAAUCGUUUUUUAUCAAAUAUAACGUUAUAAUCAUAACGUUAUUAUAACGUUUGCAAGCCCUGGUUGUGACCGAAAGUUUAUGCAGACGUUUUUGAUUUUGAUGUAUAAUUUGUAAUAGCUAUAAUAGAUCCUUCAGAAACGUAUGAAGACAGCUAGAGUGAAAGUUUUUUACAUUGGAUUUCAAUCCUGUUUUAAGAUUAAUUUUUUUAAGGCAUAACACCUAAAUAGAUUGUUUAAAUUUAAAAUCAAUAAAAAAACCUACACGGAAUAAUAACAACUGAUUCAUAUAUUAUUAUAAUAUUAUUAUCAUUUAUACAAUGUGUACAACAUUUUUUUUUUAAAUUGUUAUUUUAAUUUUGCUGAAACUUAAAACAAACGUUACUUAAAAUUAUUGGUAUGGAUGUCGGCGCACUAUUUAUUAUCCCUCUCUAACCCACGUGAGACAUAUCAUAUUCACGUUCAGCAGAACCAACCCUAUAUGCUGUUAAUAUUGUAGUACCUAUUGGAAUGAAGUAGUGAAUUCACCUAUAUAUACUAUCAAACUUUAAGUAUUACCUGUGUCACUAAGUUGGCUGUUUUAGGAUUUUUUAGUUUGUAUGCAUAUUACGAGCGUGUAAAAUAUUAUAAUUUAAAAAUGCAUAUACUUUGCACACAAAUUAAACCAUCGUAAAACGUCGUAAUAUUCAACUAGCGACACAGGUAAUGUUCUUAACUUAAAGAUUGAUAAUAGACGAAUUAUUCACUGUAAUAUUAAAAGUAACAACACAGGGUUGGUUCUGCUAAACGAAAAUUCGACGUAGCAAAUCGUGUAAGUCAGAGAGAGAAAACAAUAAUGGUGCGCCGACUUACUCGUAUCGAUUGAUUAUUAAUAUAAAAUAUACAAGUACUUGGUACAAAGACACGGACGGUUUUUAUGCAUAAGAAUAUAAGAUGCGUGGGUUUGAAUGUAACUCGCUUCGUGAGCAAAUAAGUGUAGAAUAUUAGGUUCAUCGUUCGUAAUAUUAUGGGAAAAAAAACCAAAUUCACACCUUGAAUACAAGUGUCAAGUGUUUUAAAAUCCACCGACUCUGAAACUCCGGAUAUUGGCUAUUAUUGUUGUUAAUGUUAGGUUAGGUUAAUGUUAUGUGAUCAUGACGUCUCCUCCUCUUUCAUGUAUACGCGUGUGUUUGAGUGUUAUGCGCGCGGCACGUGCACCGCCGUGGUCCAUUCACGUGCCGCGGUCUAAUCCUCGUGGCCCAUGAAGUCACUGUACGUGUAAUAAUUAUUAUUAUAUUAGGAAUCGUGUCGGUCCGUUUACUUGUUGAAUGCAGAAACACUUGUAAAUGUUUUAAAUAUUGAUUACCUUAAACGCUGUAUAAUAUGAACUUACUGUAAUGAACUGCAGUCAUACUACGAACUUUAAAAUAAAAACUUAAAACUAAACUUUAAAUUGAAUAUUGUAAUUGCAUGAACUCUCACCUUCAGCACAGCCUUUGGCUUUGGAGGUGAUCCAACAAAAAAAUUGUCUAAUAGUAAUUUAACUUGUAUAUAUAUUUUUUGUUGGACAAUUAAUAAAUAUUAUUAUUAUUAUUAUUAUUACUUUUCUUUUAAUAUAAUGCUUUUAUUCAAA